AACAUCGGAAUCGGUGGGAGGUUCUCAAGAAGUUUGUUGCCAAUUUGUUCACUACGUUAAAACACCUAUCAAUGGCUUCAGCAAAGAGAGUCGUUCCUCGUGUUCUGUUGGCCUUCGAUUGCGAUCAUACCAUCAUCGAUGGAAACUCGGACACGUGGAUUAUUUCUCUACUCCCGGAUCACACCGUACCCAAAGACAUCAAGAAACGAUACAAAACAGAGCACAACAGCUGGACAAUCUACAUGGGUGAGAUCUUCAAGUACAUGCACUCGGUUGAUAUCGGGGAGGCGGCUCUCCAUGAAUCUAUCGCAGGAAUACCCCUGACUCCAGGCAUGAAGGAACUCUUUGACUAUCAAGCAUCGCGUCCGCAGCUGGACUGCAUAGUUGUAUCAGACUCCAACUCGUUCUUCAUAGAUGCCAUUCUAGGAUCGCGGAACUUUCAGAGGGUCAGCAAGAUCUAUACCAACCAAGCGGAGUUCGACUCGGACGGUUGCCUGAAGAUUCAUUUUUCUAACCCUCACAGCUGCCCUCGGAAGUGUCCCAAGAACCUCUGUAAGCAGACAUGUUUACAAGCUUUCGUCAUGGAGCAAAAGGCAAAAGGUGUCGAGUACGACAGGAUCUGCAUGAUUGGAGAUGGACGGAAUGAUUUUUGUCCUUGUUUUUGUUUGAAGGAAAGAGACUAUGUUUUCCCUAGGAAGGGGUUCUCUCUUGUCAAGCUUCUUCAGGAACAAAAGGAAAAGAAAGGUUCUAACGAUGAGUGCAUUAAAGCAACGGUAUUACCCUGGGACACCGCCACAGAAAUCUUAGCUGUUGUAAAAAGUUUCUUUGAGCAUUGACACAGGACCCCAUUAUUCAUAAAAGGGUGAUUCCUUGUUAUGUGCUACUGUUCCUGGAUCAAGAAGGACAAAGAACUUGUAAAUUUACAUUGUAAAUGCCAUUUAGACUACAAAGUGAUGAAAUCAGUUUGAAUAGUAUCCUUUCAUUCUAUCUCUUUUUCAUUUCCUUUUACUAUCAUUUAGGUAAGUAUUAUUAAAGUGAACUGGUAAUAUUGUUGAAGUUUGAUGAAAAAACUGUAAUUUUUUUAUGAAAUGUUACAUUAUAUUCCUUCUACUGUACUAAUCCUCUAACAUGCCAAAAAUUCUAACCACAAAGAUAUUUAUGGUUUUCUUUGAAGGCGUGACUGCGACACCCUCUUACAGUAAAUUCUCUCAACUACUUUUUGAAUUUUCCACCCGUUUUUCCAUGAAAAUAAGACAUAAAACAGGCUUUUAAUUUUUGUUCAACACUUAAAAGUUUAGAAUGGAAUACAAAGCCAAUUCAUUACUUUGUGACGAUUUGCAUUUACUUCAAAUUAAAUUAUAAUAAUAUAGUUGGGAGAAUUCAUGAAUCGAUUAAAUCAGUUUUUCCCAAUUGUUAUCAUUAUCAUAUGAUGGUCUGUUUUCAC